CACUGGUUGCCACCCUGUCUAAAUGGUUGUAUCGACGGCAUUGUGUGAAAUCUGUACCCUACAUCCCCGCAUAUCUGUCUGCACUGGUCGACGUGGCCCCAGAGAAUGACGCCACGGCGAUUUUGCCAUGCGGAGACUAAGAUCAACCCUUUCUCGCUCGUAGUGGCUGAGGUGCGGCGUUGAGAGAUGGCCUUUUCUCUAACCGCCAAUAUUUCGCCGCGCUGCUUUCGGUGCUUAUCUCAAGAUAAUUGACUUGUUGAAGAAAAUUUUGAAGCCUUUUCAAGGUGCGAGAUGGCGACUAAUCCACUGGCAGACCUUGGAGCCGGUCUAAGCACAAAGAGCCCCGUGGACCAUCCUGACCCAGACCAGCAUGGACCUUUAGGGCGGACGGAGCGCGCGUUUACUGCCGCUUCAACGUUUCUGUUAGGACUCAUGGCCAUCAGCGCGACACAGUUCUUUGGUGUUCCGUUGAAAAUGAUUGACCCGAAGUUUUACGAAGCGUACAUGGCGUUCACAAAGCAAUCCUUUGGUGUCCUGAUCACGACGAUGACGCAGUGGUGGGCUCCAACCGUCGUCCGAGUGAGUGGCGAUAGGAGCAUCCCGAAUCAACUUUUCCGCAGAGCGGAUGGUAGCCUGGAAUGCCGAUUUCCGAAACGCCUUGUGAUGAUGGCCAACCACCAGCUCUACACGGAUUGGCUGUAUCUGUGGUGGGCGGCAUAUACAAACAGCAUGCACGGCUACAUUUACAUCAUUCUAAAAGAGUCUUUGAAGAAAAUCCCAAUCGUUGGCUGGGGUGCUCAGUUUUAUAAUUUCAUUUUUUUGAAGAGGAAAUGGGAGGAGGACAAGGAUUCACUCCAGCAACACUUGAACCGACUGAACAAUCAGUCCGACCCAAUGUGGCUGCUCAUCUUUCCGGAGGGUACCAACCUUGCGAAGGGUACCCGCGAGAAGAGUGCACAAUGGGCAAAGGAACGUGGCCUGCAGGACAUGAAGCAUCAGUUGCUACCACGAAGCAAAGGCCUGCAGUUUUGUUUGAAGAAUCUUAAGGAAACCACCGAGUGGCUCUAUGAUUGCACUAUUGGUUACGAGGGUAUACCGCCAGGUCAGUUUGGUCAAGACAUAUAUACGCUGCGCUCGUCUAUGUUUGAAGGCCGGCCGCCGAAAUCUGUCAAUAUGCAUUUCAGGCGCUUCAAGGUAACUGACAUUCCGGUAAAUAGCGAAGCUGCUUUCGACGUCUGGCUUCGUAAUCGCUGGCGAGAAAAAGACUAUUUGCUUGAACAUUUCGUUCGGCACAACAGCUUCCCAGAAGAUAGCCACUGGCUCAUCAAGCAACGAACAAGCAGAAUGAAUGGCCCCCAUCCAGCCAAGAUUAUCGAGACUCAAAUUAAAUCGAACAGCCUAGAGGAAUUUCUAUCCAUAUUUGCUCCGCUAAGUUCUAUAAUGGCGGUGUUAUUACUUUUUUAUGGAGGAGGCAAUACAGACGAUUUUCUGAAGAUGAUCGGCGAGGCAGAGCAGCAACAGCAGAACACUGCACUGGGAUGGGAUGAUGAAUCUCAAGCAGAACGUCUGAAGCUGCAAAAAACUUCCCCCUCCACAAGUGGUUCCGGCAUCGAAAAAGCUCGGAUCGCGUCGCAAGUCCUUGUGCCCUCAAAAGUACUGCAGAAUAUGCUGCAGCAAUACGUCGCUGCGAUACGACCAGCCACUGAAGACCAUAUCAAGCUUUCGGAUAAUGCACAGCGUGAAUUAGAUACCGAACAAGGAGUACUUUCGCCUCGGACAAAUCGAAAGCCAAAUGUACUUGUCCAAAAGACUUCAACGGUUCAAAAUGCUUUUCUUAAAGCACCUGGGAUUACAUAUGGAAGCAGGAGAACACCUUCAUUGAAAGGAAAUGAAUCUGCAAACGCAGCACCAUCAGCUUCCAGUAGAAAUCCGGUCAAAAGACUGAAUGCAGGAGCUCCAGCGAAUUCUCUGUCCCGCCUGCAGCAUGAUAAAAUAUCUAAUGAUACAUCCACGGUGCAUCCGCAUGACAGCGUUUCGCCCGUACAUACGCCAAAAGCAAAGCCGCUGUUUCAACAAGAGAAAUUAGGCUUCGCGACAGCAAAACAUAACGAGGCACUCGAUGCGGCGCCCAUGUCGAAGAAAAAGCGGAUAAUCGAAAGAUCUGACCGUCUCAUGGAUGUUUCAGCUGACACAGCAAUGCUUAUGACGAUGAAGACUGCACACAAAGUAGGGAAGCCGAUUCCCGUGCGAAUGUCGUCUCAGAUGUUGGCAAGGAUGAAGGCCCAAGGAAAAUAGAGUGGACUGUUCGGUCGCUCGCUCUACAAGACUCAGGCCAGGUGUAAGGCUCCAGGAUGAAAGCACGGAUUUAGUAACUAGUCUCCCUGCGGCAGCAUUGACAAAUUGCUGCUGGGUUUAUCAGGCUUACACACAUGUAUAUGAAAUUAUAGACCUGAUGCAGUACAAAUCCAUAUUCCAGUCCCUUAGAGCUAUCAGGCUUAAA